AUAGGCAACAAGAAACUUUAAGUUAAUACACCGCCGGUAAACUGGUGUUUGCGAUUUAUGUUGAUGUAAAUAAUUUGAAAAGUUCUUCAUCUUAUUUAACUUUUUACUAAAAAAAAUUAUGGGGGACACAUUAAAAAAAUUAAAGGAAAGAUCUCAAAAAAGACGUGAACUGUUAGCUCAACAGCUUGGGGCAGGAAGCACUGACAAUUUGAGUUCUAUAUUAGGAAAUCAGGCUGAUAGACUUGCAAGCUCUUCGAACAAAAAGCUUAAGAGUGAUCCUGAAAAGGAAUUAGUUUCUGAGAAUGUAACAGAGGAAACCGACAUUGAAAAUAAGUCUCCUGAUGCUUUGAAUCCUCCUAGUGAAACAGAUGAUGUGUCUGAAGUAAGAACAUAUACAGAUUCUAGUACGUUUUUGAAGGGUACACAAAGUGCCAAUCCACACAAUGACUACUGUCAACAUUUUGUUGAUACUGGACAAAGGCCACAAAAUUUCAUCAGAGAUGUUGGCUUGGCAGAUAGAUUUGAAGAGUAUCCUAAACUUAAGGAGCUUAUUAGAUUAAAAGAUGAUCUUAUUGCCAAAACUGCAACACCACCAAUGUAUCUGAAGUGUGAUCUUGAAAAUUUUGACUUUCGUGAACUUAAUUGUAAGUUUGAUGUAAUUUUAGUAGAAGCACCUCUUGAAGAAUAUCAAAGAACUUAUGGAAUGACAAAUAUGAAAUUUUGGACUUGGGAAGAAAUUAUGAAGUUAGAAAUCGAAGAAGUUGCUGCUCCUAGGUCUUUUAUUUUCCUGUGGUGUGGUUCAUCUGAUGGGUUAGAUUUGGGACGACAAUGUUUAAGGAAGUGGGGUUUUCGUAGAUGUGAAGAUAUCUGCUGGAUUAAAACUAAUAUAAAUAAUCCUGGCCAUUCGAAGAAUUUGGAGCCUCGAGCUAUAUUUCAGAGAACUAAAGAACAUUGCCUGAUGGGCAUUAAGGGUACCGUAAGAAGAAGUACUGAUGGCGAUUUCAUACACGCCAACAUAGAUAUUGACCUCAUAAUCUCUGAAGAACCUGAAUAUGGAAGUAUUGCUAAGCCUGAAGAAAUUUUCCACAUCAUUGAACACUUUUGCUUGGGUAGAAGACGUCUACACGUGUUCGGGCGUGACGUAACCGUUCGACCCGGAUGGCUGAGUAUCGGACCUGCGUUGACGAACAGCAAUUUCAAUGCUGAAACGUACAGUUCGUAUUUCAACAAAUCACCCGAAGACUAUCUUACUGGCUGUACUGAAAGAAUUGAAGCUCUUCGUCCUAAAUCACCUCCCCCAAAAUCUAAAGGAGGAGGUGGUCCUGGUGCAUCUAAUAGGGGAGGAAAUUCUCGAGGUAAUUCACGAGGUAGGAUUGGGAAUCGCGGAAGAGGAGCUCAUAGGGGACGGCAGUAAUUUAAUUCAUAGAACAAAUUCAUGUUUUUUUUUAAAAAAAAAUAUUGAUUAUAAUCGUCUACAGUCAUCUGUACUAACAGUUAUCUGUAUUCAAGUAUCUACAUUAAUGUUUUUAAUGGAAUAUUAAUGAUAAGCAUCUGCAUGGAUGUAUACCAACUCCUUGAUAAAUUUGAUUUAAUAAAAAACACAAAGUUUUUUGCAUGGUUGGUGCAGUACUAGAUUUAUAAAGACUUGUAAUGUAGUUGUCUAUGAGUUAUUUUUUACCCAUAUUAUCUUAAAUAAAAUGUAUUUUAAUUAAGAUUUA